AUGCGUUGGCUGACGGGUGUCGCUGUUAAACCAGACUUUCACAUGGGAUCGGACCAUCGCCUUCUUCGAGGGAAAUUUUCUUUCACAUGGAGAAGAGAAAGACGCGAAGUUCACAAAGCGAUUUCCCAAGAAAAUUUCAGCUGGAUCCUCCUCGCUUUGGUUGUCAGCUUUUCAGAAGAUACCUUCAUGGACAACAUCGACGAGAAAUACGAUCGGCUCGUUGAACAUUUUUAUGACUGCACGAGAAAGGCUCAGUUCCAAAACCACGAAGAGAAGCCCGUCUUCGGAAACUCUAGAGCUGAUACGUCAGCGGGGAGCUGCACGAGCCGCAAGCAACCAAGAAUUCACGUCCGAGCCCGCAAAGCAUCCCAGAGAAGCGAUAAGAGAAGACCAUAA